UCCUGCUUCCUGCUUCCUGCUUCCUGCUUCCUACUUCCUGCUCAUCUAUAACUGCGUCUACAACUACAUCUACUCAGUAAACAAUGUCGAGCCCAAAGCAAACAGUCAAGACCCGCAAGUGGCGCGCAGACGAGGACUACCAGCUGCUGCUGCUCUACUUCCAGUUCAAGGCCGACCCUGCGUACGCGACGAGCAAGUCCUAUCUUCCGCGGGGAUUCUAUGAACGAGUGCGGAUGGAGUAUAAUCUGUGGACGCAGAAGAAGAUGGAGGGAUGUUCGUCGCAGCAUAUCGUGGCUUUCUUGAGGACAACCUCGUCGAUUACGCUGCGGUUGACUGGUAUCAGACGGACCUGCGAAAACAUCAUUGAAUAUCACAGCCAGCAGCCCGGCGUUGAUCUCUUUGACGACGUGAACCAGGGCAUCAGAAAAGCCGUCAUUCGAAAUAUGGCCUACUCUGAACAUCACAUCGCACACAUCAGCAGAAAAGUCUUUGAUCUCUACAAACGCAACGCGCACAUCGAGCAGCGCAAGGACUCGAAGCGCUCGUCACAACCACAACAAUUCGAAUCACAGCCAUCACCACAACAGCAACAGCCACUGCUCUUGCAACAACAACUCAUGCAACAGCAGCAGACUCCACCUGCGAGUCCGGAGCAGUACUCUGCUGGCUCUUCUACGCCCCAGCAGUCGCCGAGUUACAUCUCAUACACACCGCUCUCACCACCGCCUAUGAUGAUGCUCACGCCUCGAAGCAGCUAUUGCUCCGACUCUUCGCUCUCCUCUCCGCUUUCUGAGAAUGGUUCUUUGUCUUUCUCAGAUAAGAAGACUGUGAAGAGCGAGGAGGUCAGACAAAGGUGCUCGUUGGCGAUGAUUCUUAACCCUGCCUGAGCUCAUUAUCUUCCACCUACAACAACACAACAACACAACAACACAAGCAGCUCGACACAGCUACGCAUUGGACAAUAUCUACUAUACGACCACAGCCACAUGAAGAAUAUGUUGUCAUGAACUGUCUCAACAGACCCGGCCACUAGAUCUAGAUAUUUAGAUCUCUGCCGUCUGUCUCUGCCGGCACUUAGUCAAGGCUAGUGCACAUGUCUGCUCUCGCUCUGCUCCAGAGCAGCGACUCGCAGAGCAACAAUGAGACGACGAAGAUACGAAAGUAUCAUGUAUUUAUGUAUAUACAAUAACAAUACAAUAACAUAAUAUCACCU